UCAUGUACUACGUAGCCUACCAUACUACAAUAUGGUACAGAACACUACAUAUCUAUCCCAAUGCUCCAUAAGACCCGUAGAGUGGUCUAGUCUGGCUAAGUGCGCAUUGUUCCCAUCCCCACAAGGCCAUUCCGUAGUGCUGGUCACAUUUUACCAUUUUCUUCGAUGAUACAUACACUACAUAUUGGCCGGUCCUGCAAACGUCUCUUUCUAUCUUGGUCUUUCUUUCCUUUCUUCUCUUCUUUUCGUUUCCUUUUAGUCCUUCUCUCCUUAGCGCCUGGUAGACGGUAUCUAUCAUGGCAGCCCAGGACCCAAACGCGCCGACAGACAGCAACGGCGGUGCUCUGGUGGCUACCGCCGUUACUAUGAUGACGUUUUCCUGGCUAUCUGUUUCUCUAAGGUCGUUUGUCCGUGCUAAGUUAACCAACGGCUUCCAAUGGGAUGACUGGUUGAUGCUUGCUGCUCAAGCCAAUUUCACAGUAUCAUGUGCGCUCAUUCUUAUGGGGGUUCGGGAUGGGCUAGGGAGGCAUAACCAAUCGCUUGACCAGCAUAACGAGAUCGAGGCCUUGAAAUACCAGGCGUUGGCUACGGCAACAUACGUCCUUAACAUGUGGCUGAUCAAGCUUAGUAUUGGUAUCUUCCUGCUUCGCCUCGCUUCGCAAAACAGGUACAGGUAUACUCUCUACGCGAGUAUCGUUAUCGUUGGCAUAUGGAGCAUAGUCUUGUUCUUUUGGAAUAUAUUUCAGUGUAAUCCGGUCGCUGCUCAAUGGGAUUACACAAUUCUUCAGAAGGACCCUAACGCUCGAUGUGUCUCGGCCGAUGAGAUUGUUAACGCUGCUUACGCACUCAGUGUUAUGAGUAUCCUGUCCGACUGGCUAUACGCACUGUUGCCGAUUCCCAUGCUCUGGAGCGUUAAGAUGACUAUACAAGCUAAAAUGACAGUGGUCGUGGUUUUGGGUUUAGGUGUUUUCGCAAGCGUCGCUACGCUCGUCCGACUCAAAUUUCUGGCCGAUCUCACUGAUAUGGCAGAUAUAUUGCAUGCUGGCACUGAUGCGAUGGUUUGGACGUUGAUCGAACCUGGAGUAGCUAUUGUCGCCUCGAGCCUUGUUACUAUUAGGCCCCUUCUUAGGCUAUGGAAGAUCAAGGGGUUCGGUGGCACUAGUGGACAGAGUCGCCCAACGAAUCCGUUUAACAAUAGUCAUCCGACGUCGCGUACGAAUCGAUCGAAUAAGAUGCCGGCAUUUGGGUCUACCGAUGUUACUCUCGUAGAUAUCGAAACCGGCUAUGCGAAGAGUUCCAAGUCGCGCUCACCAAUCGCUGGAUCGUUUGGUGGCAAGAUCCAGCGGUCUUUGUCGUUAUCAGAUGCUGGAAGCAUGUCGAGCAAGAGUUUUCGGUCUCGAGCAUCAUCCGAUACCACAAUGCUUCCGAGCAUACCUCGGCGCUCUCGAUCGAUCUCAGACGCCGAUACAUUGGCUGGUAGGAGCCAUCGAUCUCGGCCGUCAUACAUGUCAAAAGUAAAUGAAGCACCCAUCGAAGAAGACGAUGGACGGCAAGAGUACGUGGGAAGUGGAUCCAGAAGGAUAGAUAUAAAGAGUGAGAUGUAUAUUAUCGAAGGUAACACGACACCGACGCCUACGACACCUAUGAUGUUCAUGGGAGCUUAUAGACGCGACGAGACGUGGCUAGCAGAACAAUCAUCGUCGAGCGAUGGAUCCUUCGAACUCAACCGCGUUCAAUCCCAAAACAACGGCAUUAAGAACUCAAUUCAGUUAACGAAGCCGUUGCCGAUACCACCCACAUAUCGCCAAAGGUGAACCCGCGCGAUCGAAUUCUAACAUGGAUUACAAUGUACAACGCCUUGAGACGACGACUAUGACACUCAAUACGAGAAUACCCACAGCGUCGA